GUUGGAAUGCCUAAUUGACAGUAGACAAUAAUUAUUCCAAUCAGCUGACAGAACAGAACCUUCUGUCUAUCAUUGUCAUACAAACAAUAGUCAAAAAAUGGCUCCAGAAGAAAAAAAUUAAAAAAUAACCAAAAAAUGAGUCAUGGAACUUGGUCAAAAUCUAAACCAGUGGUUAGCAACAAAUCUGAAACGUCUGUAGUGUCGAUCAAACAAUCGGUCCUGCCAUCACAUCGAAACACCCACGAUCAAUGCCAAUCUCAAUCCAAAGUUCCAAACCGCGAAUACGCUAAAAGCGAGAAACGUGUCAAAGAUGAUACCAAGAUGAAGGUGGAUUUAAAGGUGGCCAUUUUGGAUAAACGAUACCCGCGAAUUAUACUUACUCGGGAUCAGGUGCGUCUGUUGGAAGACAAACUAGUGGAAGCUUUAGAGACCGGACCGGCUUCCAGUGUAAAUUUGAGAUUCGACGGAACUGAUUUCAACGAGGGUAUAAUGUGGUUAUCUUGCGCCAACGAAGCCACAAAAAACUGGCUCAAAGACAGAGUAACGUUGUUCGGCAACCUUUGGGAAGAUUCGCAAUUAUCGGCCGUCGACUCCAAAAAUAUUCCCAAAAGAUACAAAAUACGCAUCAUUUUGAAAGACAGUGACGACGAAUCCGAUAUCAGAAAUCGUCUUCUGCGUCAAAAUUCCGGAUUGAACGUCAAAGACUGGUUCAUGCUGGAGAGAUGCAUUGAAGGUGACGAUUUGAUAAUAAAUUAUUCCGUGGACGAAGAAGCUUUACGGUCUUUGGAAAAGUUGGAGUUUAAAGUCUACUACAAAUUGGGAAGGGUGACUAUUAAAGUUUUGGACUAUGAUAAAGGUUACUAAGAGAGAU